AUGUACACCGUUGUUUUCGUCCGCCACGGCGAAAGCGAGUGGAACCUCGCGAACCGUUUUUGCGGCUGGGCCGACAAAGCUUUGACCGAAACUGGCAAAAAUGAGGCUAGGGAAUGUGGUAAAAUUCUCAAGGAAGCCAACUUCAAGUUCGGCACACUCUUCACCUCAGUGUUGAAGCGCGCCAUCGUCACCGCCGACAUCAUUAUGGAGGUCUUGGGCCACAGUGACAUUCCCACCUACCGCAACUGGCGUUUGAACGAGCGCCACUACGGUGCCCUCCAGGGUUUGAACAAGGCCGAAACCGUCGAGAAGUUCUCCCUGGAAAAGGUCAACAUAUGGAGGCGUUCCUACAACACCCCUCCCCCGGCCUGCUCUCUUGACAGCGAGUUCUACCCCGGCAACGACCCGAUGUACGACUGCAUUCCCCGUGACGAGAUCCCCAACGGCGAGAGCCUUGAGUUGUGCCAGAAGCGUGUCCUCCCCUACUGGAACGAGACCAUUAUUCCCCAGAUGAAGGCUGGAGAGCCUGUGUUGGUUGUUGCUCACGGUAACACCAUCCGCGCCUUGAUGAAGGUUAUCGAAAACAUAACCGACGAGGAGAUCACCAAGAUCAACAUUCCGCACGGUGUGCCGAUUGUCUACAACUUCUCUUGCGACAUGAAAUUCAUGGACAAGAAGUUCUUGAUGUCUGAGGAGGAGCUUAAGGCGAAAAUGGCCGAGAUCGCCAACCAGGUUCUCAAGAAGUAA